AUGGUCAAGGUGGCGGGAGGUGGAUUCUUGUCUACUUUGGGCCGUGCUAGAGGAGUCGAGAUCGAGAUUGCGGGGCAGUCAAUGCCAGCAGACUUAGUCAUCAGUCCGGUGGAGCUGUAUGACGUUAUUCUCGGGAUGGACUGGUUGUCACACUACAGAGUUCAUCUGGAUUGCUACAGAGGUAGAGUGGUCUUCGAGCGAGAUGCAGGGAGGUUGGUUUAUCAGGGAGUGAGACCGACUUCCGGGAGUAUUGUGAUAUCUGCUAUUCAGGCCGAGCAGUUGUUAGAGCGGGGCUGUGAGGCGUAUCUGGCGACGAUUUCUAUGUCUGAGUCAGGAGCUGGAGUUGUUAUGGGAGAUAUUGAGGUUGUCCAGGAUUUUGAGGAUGUCUUUCAGUCACUGAAGGGAUUACCACCAUCUCGGUCUGAUCCUUUCACGAUUGAGUUAGAGCCGGGGACAGCACCGAUAUCGAAGACGCCUUACAGGAUGGCGCCAGCUGAGUUGGCAGAGCUGAAGAAGCAGAUAGAGGACCUUUUGUCUAAGGGGUUCAUUCGACCGAGUGUUUCACCGUGGGGAGCACCGGUGUUGUUUGUGAAGAAGAAGGAUGGCAGUUUCAGACUUUGUAUCGAUUACAGAGGUCUUAACCGAGUCACUGUGAAGAACAGGUACCCACUCCCGAGGAUUGAUGAGUUGUUGGAUCAGUUGAGGGGUGCUACUUGGUUCUCCAAGAUUGACUUGGCAUCGGGGUAUCAUCAGAUCCCGAUAGAUGAGGCAGAUGUCAGGAAGACUGCUUUCAGGACGCGUUAUGGGCAUUUUGAGUUUGUGGUUAUGCCUUUCGGUUUGACUAACGCGCCGGCAGCCUUCAUGAGAUUGAUGAACGACGAGGAGCAUGCGACUCACUUGAGGUUGGUUCUGGAGAAGCUUCGGGAGCAGAAGCUUUUUGCUAAGUUGAGCAAGUGCAGUUUCUGGCAGCGAGAGAUGGGAUUUCUUGGCCACAUUGUUUCUGCAGAGGGAGUUUUGUGGAUCCGGCUAAGAUUGAGGCUAUCAGAGAUUGGCCUAGACCUAGUAGUGCCACCGAGAUCAGGAGUUUUCUGGGUUUGGCAGGAUACUACAGGAGGUUCGUCAAGGGGUUUGCUACCAUGGCGCAGCCGAUGA